UCUUGGCUUAUCUAAGAUGCAGUCGCAACUAGAAGCAGCCUUAUUAGGUCAUACUUCUAGUCUAGUCGCAAAUCAUGUCGAGGAAGACGAAAAUAAUUCGAUUGUUCAAGAAGAAGACACUGAAGAGGUCGAAGAUUUUAUUGACGAGGAAGCAGAAGGUGAAAUCCCAAGUAAGCAAGUCAAACAAAAUGCGGGCAAUUCGAACAGAACUGUUACCCUGCAGAUGCUUUUGUCUGGUGGGAUUUUAGAUCCAGGACCUGGUUUUAUGACCAUUGAAUACCUGGGUCAGAGAUUCGUGGGCGACCUCCUGGAAGAUGGUAAGAUCCGCAGCCAAGAGACUGACAUAGUUUUUGCGUCCCCUAGUGCCUGGGCGAUCGCCUGCAAACGUUUCAUCAACCCUGACAAAAAGUCCGGAUGCGGUUGGGCCUCCGUAAAGUACCGCGGACGUAAAUUAGACGCGUACAAGAACAUCUGGUACAAAAAGAAGAAGGAGGAAGAGAAAUUGGAACGUGAAGGUCUUAAUUUGGAGCAACUGUUGCAGAGAAACAUGGCGAACACCCUUAUGUACCAGAGGAUUAUUGUUAAACACAAUACGAUUGCCAAUAGAACUCUCACACAUGAUGCCAAUACGAUGAUAGAAUGUGUGCCGUUUUCAAAUUUAGGCAAAAUUCAACCCUUUUUGGUUUCGUUGCACACUAAUGCAGCUUUGCUGAUGGAUUUUCAUUGCCACUUAACCAAAGCUGAAGUCUCUGGUUACUUGGCGGGACAUUGGGACGUAAAUGCCCACAAUUUGCAAAUAACUCACGCGUUUCCGUUGAAAAAUGUUAAAACGGACAGAGAAAAUGCGCCUCAAGUGGAAGCCGAAAUAGCGAAAGAAAUAGACAGAGAAAAGUUAACAUUGGUAGGUUGGUAUCAUUCUCAUCCGUUUGCAGCAGCCGCUCCAACGUUACGAGAUGUGGAUGCACAACUCGACUAUCAGAUUAAAAUGAAAGGAACGUCUGAUAACAGUUACACACCGUGCAUUGGUAUUAUAAUUUCACCGUAUAAUUACGAAAACAACUCUUUAGAAUCCAGCAUAAUCGCCUAUUGGGUAAUUCCCCCACCGGAAACGAAACCCAACGAGUACGGAAGACCUAUGUUAAUGUCUUAUAGUGUAAUUCAAGACACGGUUCUCAAUGAACAAAUAAAAGACGAAAUGAAACGUUGCGUGGAAUACUAUCAAAAAGAUCCCGAUUACAUAAACUUCACAGACAGAUACAUAAGCACCACAUUAUAUAUAGACAAAUUAAAAAGCACUCUCUUGUCUAAGUUUCCCAGAGAUGAACGUGAAAGUGUCUUUUGGAGAUUUAUACGCGAGUUACUAGGCUGUUGUUUGGAAGAGAAAGAGUCACUUCUUUCAAUUCCCAGUGUCAGCAAAGCCAGUCAACUUUUGCCACCAGUUAGUUUAGGUUCUAACUUUGGUUCGAUGCUCCCCGGUGAUAUUUCCUCUCUGUUGUUCAAUUCUGGUAAAUUUCCCAGCGCCAGCAGUUUAUUAGGUUUGCCCGAUCCGAUGGCUCACAGUACUUUGGCAGCCAACAACAUGUUCCUUUCAACAAAUCUUUUUAAAAUGCAGGAGCUGUUGAAGCCUUUAUCCGCCAGCAGCCCCAUUCCGAAAUCUAAAGAACAUAAAUCACAGGCUUCACCUUUAAAAAUACCAACAGAUAUAAAGUCUAUGAAGUCUGAUUUUUCCAUGGAUCUGAUGAAUUUAAAGAAUAAGAUGGAGUUUUCCGCCCCCGACUUGAAUCUGUCCAAAAAUCAGAAGAGCUACGUCGAUUAUUCGAUUCCCAGCACAAAAGCCAGCAAAGAGACGCCGAACGACUACAGCAUUCCCAGCACAGACACUUCAAAACAAGAUUUCUCAGUACCCGAUUUGAGCAUGAAGAGUACAGCUUCAGAUUAUUCUAUAAAUCUCAGUAACAAACCUACAGAUUUCAGUGAAAAACCUGCUAAAAUACCCAAACUUGAUUACUCUUCGUUGGAUCUGAGCAUUUCUAAAGACUUAAAUGCUUUAAGGGAAUUAUCUGCGUCUGCCAAAGACUUAUCCGAGAGGGAACCUAGUCCUCCGAAAGAAAUUGACUUAAGUAAAACAUCCGAGGAUGUUACAGAGAAUGUUGCUGCUCCUACUGAUUUGAGCGUCCCAUCGGAAACAUCAGCGAUGGAAACAAGCAGUGACGAUGCGCCUCUUAACCUUGCCAGUUAAAAUUUAUACUAGUUGGCUGUUUUCCAUGACUUUUUUUUAUAGUGUGAUAAUUUAAAUUAAGUUAUCUUUUUUAUAUGCUAUAAUAAAUUAUUUAUGAAUUA